AUGCAAGCUCUAAAUAAGAACACAACAAACUUUUCAAACUAUUCUAAGAUAUCUGAGUCAUUGAAAGAAGGAAACUUAAAACUGACAUUAAACCCAAUGACAGAUGAGUUUCUAUUUCAAGACAAGAAGAACAAUACUGUCUGUAUAAAUCCAACAAAAGGAACUUUAAACGAGAAACCUAUAAAUGAACUUCUUUUGAAAGCAGAUGUUGACAACAAAGCUGACAAAGAAUAUGUAGACGAUGCAAUAGCAAAAGAAGAAGAAAGAGCUAACAAUGCUUAUGCAACAAAAGAACAUACUCAUCCUGAACUAGCAGACAAAACAUAUGUUGACAAUAAAAUGUCAAGUGAAGUGACAAGAGCUGAAAACGAAUAUUCUAAAAAGACUCAUAUACAUUCUAUAUCUGAUAUUACAAACUUACAAGAAACCUUAAACAGUAAAAGUGCCGUUGGACAUACACAUACAUCUUCUGAAAUAACAGACUUAAACGUUAGCCUUGAAAAGAAAGCAGACAAGAACCAUACACAUGAUUUCUUCACAACUGUUGCUAUAGAAAGUAUUGAAGGAACGGUUGAAGAAACUGGUGGGGAUGCAUUAUAUUGUAAACCUCCUAACUUUCCACAAGGUUUAACAUCGGAUGACGACAUAACGACGAUGAGAAACAUUAGAUGUAAAGAUGUUUAUGUCAUGAAGGAUGAACAUAAUAUUAAAUUCACUGCUCAAGAUUUAUAUGACAAGAAAGCAGACAAAACAGAGCUUCAAACAUUAAAGACAGAAAUGCUUCAAACAUUAUAUCCUAUAGGCUCUAUUUAUACGUCAAUGAACUCUACCAGACCAGAAACAGUUUUAGGUUUUGGAACUUGGACUCAAAUAGUCGACAGGUUUUUGUAUUGUGCAAACUCUUCAAAGGAAACAGGUGGAAGUAAAACGAUUUCAGGUGAAAAUUUACCUGCACACAGUCACUACAUAGAUUUAAGUACAUCUCAAGCAGGUUGGCAUAAGCAUAGAUAUUGGGAUUGGUCAGCAAUGACAAAAGGUAAAGGAUAUGAUGUUAAAGACAACGUUAAGUUUGCUAUAGAUUGUUACUGGAGUAACACUGAGGGAGGAGGAAACCAUACACAUCGCGUUACAGGAUAUACGCAAACAACGGGACAAA